CCCGGAAGUGCAGUUAGCAAACACUGCGGCAGCAAAGUUCGCCGACGGCUUCAGAGACUUUUUACGAACUCUCCUUCUUGCCAGUAUUACGUAAUUUUUUUGCCCCCAAAAUGCCCGACCACCAACUACCACCACUAAGGAUUGUGGCCGCGCGGUGUAGAGCCAGCGACGGGCUGGAGGGCUUCAAGGCUCACGCCGUGUUCCAGGAGAUCAACAAGAAGCUGCAGCAAGAAGGCGACGCGUACGUGAAGAAGAUCGGCGGCGUGUUUGCAUUCAAGGUGAAGGAUGGUCCGGGCGGCAAGGAGGCGACGUGGUUCGUGGACGUCAAGAACGGCAAAGGAUGCGUGCACAACGACACAGACAAGAAAGCGGACUGCACCAUUGCCAUGUCUGACUCUGACCUGCUCGCCUUGAUGACGGGAAAGAUCAACCCUCAGACGGUAUGCGUGCAGACAUACAUACUAUGGAGAGCUGUCAAGCUAUCGGUCUAACAAAAAAAAAAAAAA